CAACCUUCCUAAAAGGGACUCCCAUCCCCCACACAAUCCACCUCCGGCCCGCCCAGCCCCGGCUCCGCAGCCGCAACGACAUCAAAACCACCUCUGGACAACCCCGAGCUCAACGAAACCCUAACGGGAUCUGCUAAGCGUGUUCCCAAGCAUCCAUGCCGGCGGCUGGAUCGGCUUCCUCUGGACGCUGAUCUCGGUGUGGUUCCUUCGACGCACGCGCGUUGACCCCCGCGUGGAAAAGACUGUCCACGUCCCUGCACCUGUACUGGAUCAUUUGUACGCUGGGGCAGAGGCCAGAGACGUGCGCGUCACUCGUGGGGAUUUGUUGAUGGGUGUUGUUCGUCGACACGCAUACCUCGCAAUGCACGCCCAAACGGCAACGAAGCCAUGGUACGUGCGCGACCCCACCCCCUUCAACCCGUGGUAUCUUGUGUCCUUGUCGGCGGGGAUCCGGUUCGACGGGUUGGAGUUUCUGGGGUUGAGGCCGGCGUGCGUUGAGAUGAGGGUUACUACUAUGGCUUUUAUGUGAGGUGCUUGGGACAAGGGCAGAUGGGCUGAUUACGGCUUGGGGGGAUGGGAGAGGUGAGUUUUCUUGUUAAUGGGUGUUGUC